CGACGACUUGCAGCAAUCCAUUUGUUUCGCAUCAGCUUGCCCAGUACGGUAGGUGGCCAUUGCGAAAGCGAUGGACUCGCAUACAGUGAGUACAUAUGUCGUCCAUACAAUCUCGCGAUCUGAGAUUCAACCUGCAAGUCAAGCAAUCCCAAUCCUCUAAACACUCUCAUCACCGCAAUCCAUUCCCUCCAAGAUGUCAGCCCCAGAACUCAAAAUAACACGCAUCGACGUCUUCACCGUCAACCUCCCCUACUCCGGCGGCACCUACCAUCUCUCCGGCGGCCGCACAUACACACACUUCGACGCGACAAUCGUUCGCAUAACCGCCCAAUCGACUUCCCGCUCCUCGCCUCCAAAUACAUCUACCAUCGAGGGAUGGGGUGAGUCCACCCCCUUCGGCACCACCUACGCGCCCUCCCACGCCCUCGGCGUCCGCGCAGCCAUCGCCACAAUCGCACCCGAACUCAUUGGCCUGGACCCGCGACGCGUGGACCGGAUCAACGACGCCAUGGACUCUGCGCUUGCGGGGCACUUGGACGCGAAAACAGCGCUCGAUGUAGCGUGCUGGGACAUCUUCGGUAAGAGCGUCGGGCUGCCCGUGUGUGAAUUGCUCGGCGGGCGAACAAAUGUGCCUUUGCCGAUGAUUAGCAGUCUGGGCGUGUGUGCGCCGGAGGAGAUGAGGGCGCAGGUGCAGAAGUACCGGGAUGAGGGUUAUCUGGGACAUAGCAUCAAGAUCGGCACGAAUCCCGUGAACGACGCGGCCAUCAUCACCGCUGCGCUGGCUGACAAGCAGGAGAGCGAGUUCUUCCUCGUCGACGCGAACUGUGGUCUCACGCCUGAGCACGCGCUCAGGAUGCUCAGACUGCUACCCUCGGGACUGGAUUUUGUGCUCGAGAGUCCGUGUGCGACAUGGCGCGAGACUAUGUCUCUUCGCAGACGCACAGAUGUUCCUAUUAUCUUCGAUGAGUUGGCGACGGACGAGGCCAGUCUUGCGCGUAUGAUAUCUGAUGAUGCAGUGGAAGGCAUCGGGUUGAAGAUCAGCAAGGCGGGAGGGCUGACGAGGGCGAGGAAGCAGAGAGAUAUCUGCAUCGCUGCAGGUUACACAGUAAGCGUGCAGGAUACGACAGGGAGCGAUAUCUCAUUUGCCGCGAUUGUGCAUUUAGCGCAGACGGUGCCCGAGAAGAAUUUGAGAUGUAUCUUAAACUCGAGAGGAAUGGUGACGCUGCAGACGGCAGACACGGGGUUUGAAGUGGAUGGGAAGGGCGUGAAGGCGGGGAAGGAACCAGGGUUGGGUAUCAAGGUGAGGGUCGAUGUGCUGAGAGAGCCGGUGGCGAGCUACACAUAGUCGCCAUGCGCUAUAUGAAUUUACCCAAUCAUCCGAACCUCUGCGUACUUGAUAGCUGGUCAGGUUGCUCCAAAUCGUCCCAACAUGGUCCGUUUGAGUUGGUUGAUUUGGGACCGAGUAAGGCAGUGUGAAGCAACUGAAGGUAGUGUAAGCGUAUACCUGUUGCCGUC